AUGUCCGCCUCCUCCUCCCUGAACCUCGCCAGGACACGGUCAACCAGCGCCGGGCGUGAUGGUCUCCCUUCCGCACGUCCAGCUCGCCCGCCGCUCCAGAACCGAACAUACUCGGCCCCCGUGGGCAAGCUGCACCUCCAGGCCGGCCGCUCGGGCAAGCAGGACGCCGCUGGGUUUACGGCAAUCGCAGAGAACGAGGUGACGAUGACGGGUCAGGCACCCGAAGACAAGGAGAAGGAGAAGGACAGCUCGGAGGACCUCUCGGAGGGGGCUGCUACGUCUGGACACCAGCUGCCGCAGGUGAAUCUAGCAGUGGUGGGAGCUGCGGGCGUGGGCAAGUCGACGUUUGUCAAGUGCGCGCUUGACCUGAAGCAGACGCCGCUGGUUCGGUCCUCGAUCAAGAAGAUGUCCAUGGACGGAGCUAUCUACGUGGUCCGGCUGCUGGAAAUCGCCAUCCACAAGAUCACCCUGGACGACCGCGGCCGCAUCGUGUGGCCCAAGUGUCUGGGCGAGCAGGCGCUGCCUCCCAUCGACGGGGUUCUCUGCCUCUUCGAUUCCACCGAUCUCCGCAGUGUGUCCCAGUACCCACAGGUCCUUGAUGCCCUUCGGAAGUCGACCAACAUCCCUUUCCUCGUGAUAGCCUGCAAAUGCGAUGGCCCUCAGAAUGAAUCCCAGCAGGACCCUUUAACCCUAGUGCAAGCAUGCCGGUCACUCCUGGGGUUGAAGGUGCAGAGAAUCUCGGCCAGCCAUCCAGAAUCCCACAAAAAGUGCAUCUCGACCAUCCUACGAGCCAUCAUCAUGCGUAGUGCCGAUGUAGCCUCUUCUACAACAGAUCGCUUGCCUCUCUCCGCCUCUUCGUCUCCGAAUCUCGCACCCUCCGGCAGCAGCAGCAGCAGCAACAGCAGCACUACUCUACUACUUCGCCAACCUGUCCCCCGCAACCGACCUCAUACACGGGCAAGCUCCGAGAACCCCAGACCAUCGACCAGCGACACCAUCAGGUCUGACCGAUCCGCCGGCGGUGGUGGUGGCCACGCCGAUACGUUCAGCAGUUCGACUUUAGCCCCUGGCGCUCACGGCGGUUCGAGAUAUGCCCGUAGUAAUUCCCAGCCCGUGCCGCCAAGAACACCACCCGGGAGUACGAUAUCAAACCGCAGCGCCUCAGAAACCAUCGACGAGGAUUCGCCUCCUGGCAAAGCCAGGUAUCGAAACCUGAGGACCACUUGGAGGCAUAGCGCCGGCUCAGACGCCUUCAGCAGCUUCCUUGAUAUGGACGAUGAGCUAGACGAUUCAAGAUCCGCCAGAAGCCCUUCAAGUCAGGCGCAGCCAAAGGAGAAACAGGAUGACACCGGCUGCACGCUUGACGAGCUGGUUGACCGGCUGCUCUCCUUGCCCUUGUCCAAGCAGGAUGCAAAAUUCCCCGCUAUCUUCCUCUGUCUCUAUCGGAAAUUCGCUACUCCUUUUCAAGUUUUAACCGCCAUAAUCACACGCUUCGAGCACAUCAACUGCAGCCGAUCGCCGUUGCUCACCCGCCACGCAGAUCAGCUCAGAUUCCUAAACGUCCUCGCACAAUGGGUCUCAGAGUACCCCGGAGAUUUUGCUGGAGCCAAAACCCGGAGGCUACUGAUCGAGUUCAUUGCUUCACUCGAGAAGAAUAUCGUCUUCGCCUUUGCUGCAAAGGAGAUGAAUUCCUACCUCGAAAAAUUUGUGGAAGACGAUGACUUAUGCUGGGCUUACACCGACGAGGACUCUUUACCCGAUUCUACGGACCCGUUUGUGGAUACGACCUCAAACCGCAUGUCCCAGUCCAUGGGUAACUUCAACAUCAGCGACAUGGACCUCGACCUCUCCUCGCAAAACUCCAACCUCUCCACCACUUCCAGUGCCGACAGGGCCGGCAGCAUCUCCAGCCAAUCUUUUCGGACCCUGCUCACCGUUGAAUCCGCCCAGCAGGAAGCCCAGAAACUCGAGCUUGUGCCACGGAAUCUUCUCACAAAAACCCAGUGGCGAAUAUUCAUGGACAUCCCUGACGAAGAAUUUGCCCGGGAAGUGACCCGGAUGGACUGGAUCAUGUACAGUUCCUUCCGGCCGCGCGAACUUAUUCGACAUGUCAGUUUGUCUGGUCCGAAUAAGGGGAAAUCAUCGGCAUACCUAGAAAAUGUGAACAGGAUGAUCAAAUCGUUUAAUCACCUAGCCUUUUUUGUCGCUAGUAUGGUACUGCUUCGAGACAAGGCAAAACAUCGAGCCCAGGCGCUGGAGAAGUUUAUGAAUAUAUCAUUGAAACUCCGCCAACUUAACAAUUAUAAUGCGCUAGGCGCAGUUAUUGCAGGGUUGAAUGGAACGCCGGUUUCAAGGCUAUCACAGACUCGAGAACUAGUGCCCCCAACCCUUCAGAAGCAAUUUAUGAGUGUAGUUAUACUCAUGAGCACUGAAAAGAGUCAUUUUGCAUAUCGACUCGCAUGGGGAAACUCCUUCAACGAAAGAAUACCGUUCCUACCCCUCCACCUUCGCGACCUGGUGUCUGCAGAGGAGGGUAAUAAAACCUUUGUCGGCGCGAACAACGACCGAAUUAAUUGGCGGAAAUUCGAGGUGAUGGGAGACGUCAUUCUCUCCAUCCAACAGAGCCAGAAAACUUCAUUUCCCACGUACACCAAGCAUGAUAUCACCCAAUGGUUGAUCCUCGAGGCGAAAUUUGCAGGAGAUGAAGAGGAACUCUACAGCCGGAGCAUGCAAGUGGAAGCAUCCGCUAGCGGCAUCCCGGAUCCAGGACGCAAACGGUUUGUAUGGAGACGACCUUGA